AUGGAGAAAAAUAAAGGUACAGGGGCACUUACAGAUAUUCUUUCUUGUAAAUGUGUGGAGAAAGUCCAACCUGAUAGUCCGGGAUGCGUGUCGAGAAAGAAGUCUAUGAAAAUGAUGAGCAAAGGUUAUCCUAAAGAAAUCUUAAAAGUUAUUUAUAAUGGACAUUAUGUUGAUAACCAGUGUACAGUUGCAAACAAUGGCAUUGUUCACAUCUCCCUCACAUUGCUGGGAGGGAAAGGAGGAUUCGGUUCUAUGUUACGAGCUAUUGGGGCCCAGAUAGAGAAAACAACAAAUAGAGAAGCCUGUAGAGAUCUGAGUGGAAGAAGGUUAAGAGAUAUUAAUGAAGAACAGAGAUUAAAGAGAUGGAUUGCUAAAAAAGCAGAACGUGAGAGAGAAGCAGCAGAAAGAAGAAAAAAGAAACUAGAGAAGUUACGUUGUCCUCCAAAACACGAUUUUCAUGAUUCUGAAUAUGACAGGGAAAGAAGGGAUAUGGCAGAACGUAUUGAUGAUGCACUUACACAUGGACUUAAAACAUCCAACAAAAGAAAACCAGAUGAUGAAUUAGCUGUUCCAAAGAAGAAAUGUUUAUGGCUGGGAGUUGAUAUUACCGAACAAGUAGAUUCGGAUAGUGAUAACGAAGAAUCUAAUGAAGAAUUGUCGUCUGACAGUAUUAAUGAAAUAGGAGAGAAAAGUGAAGAUAGUGAAAGGAGCCAAGAUUCUGUACCACCUGUAAAUAAUUCUGUUUCAUCUGAAGUUACAGAUGCAAAGCCAUCGUUUUCAAAUGAGACAGAUCAGUGCAAAGAAAACAUGACUUCUACCAAAUCCACUUCUGACAAUUCUUUUGAAUCUAUUAAUUAUGCCAAAGAUAUGUGCAACAGGUUGGGUCUGAAAGGAUGGAUUCGUAUGAGUAAGUGGGGUACAGUCGUUGGACAGAUUCAAGGCGUGAAGGAUAGAAUAGAUGAAAUGGCUCUAUGGCUAAGAUUGCAGGGCAGUCCCGGUGCCAGGAUAGAUCAGUGUGAUUUUCGCAACUGGCAAGUCAUAGACACCAUGGAGUAUCGACACUUUAAUGUCCGCUUCUGAUUAUUUUGUAUACGGACAGAACCUGUGUAACACGUCCAUCUGAAGAAAUAAAACUGUAAUUUACGUAAA